AUGGUCAACACCGCCGUACCCCAGCUCACUCCUCAGCUGCUCCGGCAUCUCGAGCGCGUCGACCAGAGGCUGUCUGGGAAAGCCAAGACGCCUGAGCAGCUUGCUCUGCUAAAUGUCCGGGACGCAAACCUUCCCAUCAGGAAGGACGAAAAUCUGAUCCCUCUGAUCCACCACUACGAGACGUACCGGCACUUCACCAUCGGCGGUAAGCCAGGCUCUGGGAAGUCGACCCAGUCGACCCAGAUCUUGCUUUGGACUCUGAAGCUCGCUGGAGACGGCCGAGCAGUCAUGAUUGUCGUUCCGGGACGAUUUGCCGCCUUACUCCUGUGCGAGAGACUGCGAGCUGAGCUUGGCGUCGACGACGAUGAUCAGAAGGGCAUCGUCGUCCUCCGCUCUCGUGACAGUAGCGGUCCCGCGGGUCCGCACGCCCGCAUCGUUGUCGUGACGGAGGGCCGGUGCCUUUGGGAGCUCAAGAGCGACAUCCUCCUCGGCCGGUACGCCGUCGUCCUCCUCGACGAGGUGCAGGAGCAGUCGGGGAACUCGGAUGUUCUUAUCGCCUUCGCCAAAUGGGCGAUGCAAGCCAACAGCCACCUCCGUUUCGGGCUCAUUUCCGGCACUUCCGACCUCGCCUCUUACCGUUCUUUCCUCAACAUCCCCGACGUCGCUCACUUUACCCUCCCCGCCCUCGCCUUCCCGGUCAGAAUCUCUUUUGCGGCUGAGCCCGUGGAGGACAUUAGGGCGUGGGUCAUCGAAAAGCUCUCCUCUUUCAUCCAAAACCACUCCGGGGACGUCCUGAUCUUCUCGAACGGUCUCAAAUCCUGCACCGCACUCGCCAAGGCCAUCAAGGCUGCUCCCCUCCCCGAGCCGGUCGACGUUCACGUCGUCUCUAGCCGGGUCAGCCAGCAACGCAAAGACGACGCUACCUCCGUCCGCGCCCCCAACGCCCUUCGCCGGAUCAUCGUCGGUACAAAUUCACUCGAAAAUACCAUCACCAUCCCAGGCAUCGCCCUCGUGAUGGACACUCUCAUGUACAACCUCGCCUCGUACUCGACCGAGCUCGACCAUCGUCGUCUCAUCGAACGCCUCGUCUCCCGGGUCCAGAUCGAGCAGCGAGUCGGACGAGCCGGUCGCACGCAGCCAGGGUACGCUGAGCUGGCGUGUACGAAGGAGCUGUACGAGAUGCUGCUCACGAUGUAUCCCGGGUCCCUGCCCAAGGUCCAGACCGAGGAGUACACCUCGACGCUGCUCACCAACUUGGCGGUCACGUCAAUCAUCAACUCGCAAGGCGGUGGAGGUGUCCCAAACGGGCAGAUGGAGCUGAAAAAUCAGACCACUCCGGCGCGCUACGCUCAUGCGGUAGCGACCCUGAAGGACCUGGGGGCGGUAACGGAGGAUUCGGCGGGCGUCGUCCACCUCACCAAAGUCGGACGGCAGAUGUCCAACUUGUCAGUCUCGCCCGAGUACGCUCGAUCCCUUAUUGCCAGCGUCCAAUACAACGGUGUCAAAGUCAACGGCCGAUUCCUCAACUGCACUGGCGCGAUGAUCAUUCUUGUCGCUGCUAAUUCGACCGGCCAGUCGAUCUUCUUCUCGUCCCAGGAUGACGCGGAGGGGCAGUACGACCUCAAGCAUCAAGCGACUCUCAUGUCAGCGCAAGGGGACCACGUCAGCGCCUUUCUCGCUCUUCGAGGUUGGCUCAAUAUGCUGGAGCAGGACGACCGGAAUGCACGUAAAGAGCGCCUUCGGCCCAAAACCAAAGCCCAAGAAACAGACCCCGCCGGCCGACCAAAAGCCACCCCGCUCGCCGACGCCUACGCGGCCAAGUUUUGUCUCCGAAGAUCAGCGCUCGACGAGGCUGCAGAUCUGGUCAAGGCUCUCACUACGCAGAUGAGGAUGAGCGGAAUGUUCCACUUCGACUUUGACUCGCUCGCCCCUACCGAUAGCGUGCAUACCGAAGGCGUUCUCCGUAGUCUCAUCUAUGGCCAUCUCCGCAAGAUCGCUUUCAAGCCGGCCGCGGGGGACGCGGGGGAGUAUCAUCGAUGGAGCACUGGGCAGGAGAAACUCUUUAUUGAUGAAAAGUCUCGACUCUACGCUUCUUCUCCUCAAGUCGUUCUCUUCUCUGACGCGCGGAUGCCUCCCAAGCCCGCUUCUCCUAACAACACCAUCAUCAAUCAGCUUUCCAUCAUUGACCCAGAAUGGGUCCGACAGAUCGAGCAGGAGGUCUUGGGGCGGACUUCUCGUUGA